CGCACAGAAGCCAUUCUUAGUUUCAAGUUACACCAUUUCCUAUCACAGAGGCAUUGAAGCUCGGUGUUCAUCCGGUCGGGUAAAAGAAGAUGGCGCUCAACACUCAAGAGAUAACCAUAAAGUAUGUGAACCCUUGAAACCUGGGGUGGUGGGCCACCCUAAGCCAGCAUUUAGAAGGACAGAAUCAGUGACUGACACUCCACUUUUCCCCUUUCUCUUCAAAAUCACAGACCCGAUGACCUUGUCAUUGCGGUUAUGGGAGUCACUGGCGUGGGGAAGAGCACAUUUAUUUCAUACUUUAACUCAGAUGCAACUACCGGUGAUAGUUUGAUCUCUUGCACCACUACCGUCGGGGUGUAUCCCGCCACGAUCGGCGCCCGGGACUUUUAUCUCGUCGAUACCCCCGGCUUUGAUGAUUCAUUACGUCCCGAUACCGAAAUUCUACGAGAAGUGGCUGAUUGGUUGAAUCAGACCAACCAGGCCAACAUCAAACUUGCAGGUAUUGUCUACCUCCAUCGGAUUUGUGAUACCCGCAUGUCUGGCGCAAGUGCGAAGAGCUUGCGGCUUUUUAAGAAGGUCUGUGGAGAGCAAGGCCUUCCUUGUGUCGUUCUUGCUACGACAAUGUGGCACCAACCGCCCACCGACCUAGAGGUGGCACGAGAGCAGGAAUUGAGCUCCAAGGAAGGGUUUUGGAAAGAGAUGGUGGAGAAGGGCAGUGUAAUCCGGCGCCAAGAUGAUGGGAAAGUCUCAGCAACCAAGAUUAUUGGAUAUAUUUUGGAGCGGCGGCACCAAAUCACUUUACAGAUACAAGAUGAAAUGGCACAGGGCAAGAAGCUAGACGAGACGGCGGCCGGUCGAGAAGUAGACGCCGACAUCGUGAAGUUGAAGAAACACUACGAGAAGGAGCUGGCUGACUUGCGAAGAGAAUUGCGCGAGGCGCAGGAUAGGAACGAUGUGCGGACCCAGAAGCAGAUCAUGGCAGAGCGGGCUGAAACAGAAAGGAAAUUACAGGAACAGGAACGAAAGCGAGAUCAGCUUCGAGUAAGUAUGGAAGAGCUCCGGAGACAACGAGAUGAGGAGAUGCGUGAGCACCGAGAGAUGGCAUUACAGCAACAGUUGGAUCACCAGCGAGCAGUUUUGAAGCAAGAGAGCGACCUUCACGAGCUGAGACUUCGCAAUGAGUAUGAAACAAAGUUGGUCCAACAGGCCUAUACAGGUCAGAUCAGUCGGCUCGAGGAAGAGCUGGAAAUGCUGAGAUCGCAAAAAGAAAGGCGUGGAUGUGUGGUCAUGUAAUUCCUACAGCGAUCUCAUUUCUUUGUUCUUCUGUUUAUUGAUCGUCGUUCGAUCUACCGAUGCCAUAUAGAACCACAUAGGCCAAAAAUUGCCGGGCUUCUGCUAGCAUCCUGGUGUCAGGCGCUGAUUGUCUUAUACUAAUUCCCUAUAUUAAUUCUAGUAUCCUGCACAAUUAUCUACACUCC